CCGUCAUCUUCCUGGCACAGUCCAGUCCGGCAGGACCCACGAUCAUUUUGAGUGUUCUGUUAUUGCAGAGGCGACCUGCUGUUAAGAUUUCAAAAGUUUCAUUCAGCGUCUGCUUAUUUCUAUUGUCUUUUAAUCCCACGCCGGGUUCCCGACCGCCACUGUGAGAAAUUUAUUUGAUUGUUAGAACGUCACAGCAACAGUCAAGAUGCCUCCCAAAAAGCCGGCGGAGCCGAAGAAGAAGAAGGCCUCGGUCGAAGACAAGACCUUUGGCAUGAAAAAUAAAAAAGGUGGCAAGGCAGCCAAGCAGAUCGCCCAGCUACAAGCACAAGCGCAAUCGAACAAACCUCUUGACGAGAAGCGCAAAGCAGCGGAAAAGGCCAAACGAGAGGCCGAGAAGAAGGCAGCAGAAGACGCCAAACGAGAAACAGCCGAGCUGUUCAAGCCCGUGCAAGUCCAGAAAGUGCCGUUUGGCGUGGACCCCAAGACGGUCGUGUGUGUCUUCUACAAGCAGGGCAACUGUGAGAAGGGCAAGAAGUGCAAGUUCAGCCAUGACCUGAGCGUCGAGCGCAAGGCGGCCAAGAGGGAUCUGUACACCGAUUCGCGAGACGCCAAGGCUGCGGAGGAGGAGGAGAAGAAGAAGGAUACCAUGGAGGAAUGGGACGAAGAGAAGCUGCGCAACGUCGUGCUGAGCAAGCAUGGAAACCCGCGAACCACAACCGACAAGGUCUGCAAGUACUUUAUCGAGGCUGUCGAAAAUCAGAAGUACGGUUGGUUCUGGGUCUGUCCGAACGGGGGCGACAAGUGCAUGUACAAACACAGCUUGCCACCUGGCUUUGUUCUAAAGACGAAAGAGCAAAGGGCCGCCGAAAAGGCUCUGAUGGACAAGUCACCGUUGAACACGCUGACGCUCGAAGACUGGCUGGAUUCCGAACGACACAAGCUCUCCGGCACUCUGACGCCGGUGACACCCGAGACCUUUGCCAAGUGGAAGAAGGAGCGGCUCGACAAGAAGGCUGCGGAAGAACAGGCCCGCAAGGCUAAGGAGGCGACUGGCCGGAUGCUCUUCGAGAGCGGCAACUGGCGUGCAGAAGACAGCGAGGCCGACUCCGACUCCGACGACGAGGAGGACAACGACACAUGGAACCUCCAAGCGCUGCGACGUGAGACGGAACGGCUUCGUGAGGCGAAAGAAGAGGAGCGGAUGGCACUGGCGUACGGUGGUGCCAUUCCAAGAGCACCGGCGGCCGAUGAGACCGCCGCGCUGGAAGGCGAAGGCUGAGCUUUCUUUUUCCUGGUUUUUCCAUGCGCCGGGUGUUUUUGAGGAAAAUUGUUCCGGGGAAGGGGUGGGGGGCGCGCUUUGCGGAGGAGGAGGAAGAAGAGGGAGGAAAGUCCCCUCUUUUCCCAACGGGGUCUGGUGGGAGUCUGGGGCAAAACCCCUGAAGUUGCUCUUCACAGUAUCUUCAUCUGCCCUUUUCCGGGUGGGGUGGGUGGUCUUUUCCUUCCCUCCCCUUUCUCUAACCGAGACUGGCUGGAUGUAAGGUAUUCGCCGCAGGCUUCGCUGCACCGUCCCAGGGAGCUCUAUGCCGUGUAUGGCAUGUAAACACGGAUCAGGUAGAUCGGUGGUUAACGAGUAGAAUUGAUGAUUAGAUGUCAAGAAUAAGAUGAAGGAUUACGAGGUC